AUGUUGUCCUCGUGUUUUGGAUUCCGCAAGGCGCGGGACGAGGACCGCGAGCCGCUGCUGCCCCAGUAUCGCGAUGACACCGUCCUUCAGCGGGAGCUGCACCAGAAGCUCCACACAUAUCAAAUGCUCCGGGCAUUAGGCAAGGGUUACAUGCCUUCAAAUGAACAGACCAUCAUCAACCUUCGCACGCUGCUCGCCGCCGAUGUCCUCAAUCCCGACAACGAAGAGCUCAGCGACUCGGGCCGAGCGCUGGUCUACUACACCAAGGAAUGGCUGAAGCAGUUCAUCGAGUUGCUGCAGCACAAGAACAGCGAGGACCAGAUCCAGGACUUUGUGUGGUAUCUCACCAAAGCGCGCGUCUCGAUCGACAUGGAGGACAUCGUGAACCGGACCAAAAAGGCCAAGGCGAAAGCCAACACCGCUGCAGCAUACAAGAGUAUUCAGACUGUAGGCUCCCUACUCCUCACGAACUCGGACUUUCGCAUUUUCUUAUCCGACCUCAAUACGAUCGGCCGAGAGGUGUUCAGAGACACUGCAUUCACACUGUCCGAGGUGUCGGCACAGGCUGGGAAACAGCUUGAACCACCCAAAGAAGAGCAAGAGGCUCUGAAAGAACCGGGCGCGGAUGCACAGCCGGCUCCGUCGAGCCAAGAACUCGGGAACGAUGUGGUGGAGGUUACGUCUGUGGUCGCCGAGGGUGUCGCGAAAGUUGCACAGGAAGCCGAACAUAGCUUCGUCGACAAAAUCACUGGCGACGAGAAGGACACUCUUCUGAACCGAUUGAAGCAGGCGGUCAUCAAGCUUAGGAAACGACAGGACUACUCUGACUCCGUAUCAACUCUCUCCCUUCUUCUCCAACGAUACGCAUUGGUAUACUCUCAUGUUGUCGAGGAUGCAGUGCAGACUGCGGAACAAGAUGUGGAUACGAAUCCCGAGACGGAGCGGGCUGUGCGGAAUUUCUGGACUUUUGUCAAGUCAUUCGGCGACGCGAAGGAAUGGCAAGAACUCGAAAGUCGGUUCAAGCAGGUCGUGGAGCAUGGGAAAAGCGAUCCUCAGUUUGAUGAACUCGUCCGCCAGACAGGAAAUGCUGUCCAGGAUCUACUCACCGACCCUAGUUUUUUCGACCAUGCUGAGGAGAGGUUCCAGAGUUUGCGUGCGCAGUCUCGCCGACUUGCAUCUGACUCGCCUCUGAGAGAUGAUAUUGAUGGACUGCUGGCUAAGCUGCAAUCAACGAUCCAAUCCGUGCUCCGAGACAAGGAUAUUGCCAAACUCAUUGUCACAUCUACCAGGAUCGCAAAACUCUUGUCGCCGGCGCAUCAGUACACCAACGGAGAACUCGUAGCCGAUGCCAUCAACGUCUUUGUGCCGAUGAUUAUUCAAGCGAUCCAAUACGUACCGAUACCAAGACUCGAGGUUUCCACACCCGAUGUGGAUCUCCUGCUCGAAAAUCUCAUUCUCGAGCCUGGGGUCACCGUGAACAACACCUCAUUUCUACCCUAUAGGUUGCGUGUAGAGACGCGCAAUGAUUUGGAGAUCCGGAAGGCGCGUUUCCGAACGACCUCUACCGUGCAGUCCGUAACAACAAUCAAGAUUGACGGGAUGUCUAUCCGAGCAGACGAGAUCGGAUUCUGGCUGCGAGCUCAUAGCGGUCUGUUCCGACUGGCUGAUCAAGGAAUCGCGUCUUUCCAGCUGGAUGAGCGUGGCAUAGAUGUUCACAUCGACGUCGAGAUUGGCAAGGAGCGGUUGGAGAAUAUCCUGACCCUUCGUGGUGUUCGGGUCCACAUCCACAAGCUCAACUACACCCUACGCAAGAGCAAGUUUGCGUUCUGCGCUUGGCUCUUGAAGCCGCUUCUUCGGCCCAUCAUCCGGAAGGCUCUGGAGAUCCAAAUGGCUGCGGCAAUCGGAGAACUGCUGCACUUUGCGAACCGGGAGCUGCUUUACGCUAGAGAAAGGCUCCGUGCGACGCGCAUUGCUGAUCCAGAUGACCUAUGGACUUUCAUCAAGGCUGUAGCUGCUCGACUCGUUCCGGCUGAAGACCCAGACCUAUAUACUCGCGUCGGCGUCGUGCAGCCAGGACGGGGUGUGUUCAAGGGCGUCUAUGCUCCCGGCAGCAUUGUCAAGCUGUGGAACGAAGAGGCUGCACAGGCGAAGGACAGAAUUAGGGAGAAUGAGCGCGACGGAUGGAGGAAUGAGAUUUUCGACGUUCACACGAGGAACUUCAAUCUGUAA